AUGUCUGACAGUCUUAAUCUGCAUGAUAUUAUGGUCAAUUGCUAUCCGGCAGGACUGUUAUACGAAUACGGUGGCUUUGCAUUUGCUCAACUACCGCCUGUGGCUCGAGAAUUUUUACAGUUGUAUGGACUUUUUGUCACGCGACAACCUGCUGAAGAACUCACCACAGACGGCUUCAAAGCUCUCAACGAUCAACUCGUAACUGUACGCCGGGCAGAGCUUAAUCGUCUUCAUACCGCCACGCAAGAGGUUCACCGCAAUAUUGGUAUUCAACUGCUGGCUCUAUCCUCCGGUGAUGACUCGGCUCGUAAUAUUUUACGCGAUACAUUAAUCCCAUAUUGGCGCAGUCUCUUAGAUGAGUAUGUCUUACGAAACGAUGCCCUGCUCUGGUAUGAACUGGAAAUGCGGGGAAAUGGGCUUUUUCAUUUACAACCUGGUCAAUAUCUUUUCGACCGCGUACAAGAUAUAGACCGAAUGAGGGAGCUUGUCAUGCGUUGGUUGCAAGAAGAGAGACCGCAGUCAGAAGAACCUUCAAAUUCGAGAACUUUGGAUGAAAUCUCCACUGAAGAGCAUGAUGUAGUUGAAGGCACGAAUUCAUUGGUCCAUGAUGAAUCGAUCUUUUCUAGCGACGAGGAGCCGCAAUUCUCAAGCAUCGAAUCGAUGCAGAAUUUUAUACCGAGCCCCAAGCCUAACCAUCAGCGGCGAAGUCGUGCCCGAAAACGUGCCAGGAAAUCUACGGUGUAUACUUCGUAUUAA